ACCAUGGCCUCGACCACUGCCCGCGCGACCCAGUCUGUCAUCAAGACGUGGUUCUCGGACCCGGCGACGUACCCGAUCAUCGCCAUCAUUACGUUUGCCACGAGCAUGUCGACCUUUGCCGGUCUCCGGUACCUCUCCAACAGCCCGGACGUCACGUUCUCCAAGGAAAAGCGCGGCGCGAUAUUCCACCGGUCGAGCGACGAAGGCGCGUCGUUCCGGUCGCACCGCAUCGACUUGGCCCAUCUGAAACUCAACCCGAUCACGCGCAACGAAGACUUUGUCGAGUUUCGCCAGCGCCACGCGUAGAGUGACGAUCUUAUGAGGCAUUAAAAUAUACAUAUUUACUCACUUGUGGC